AUGUCUCAGAGGAAGUUGGCAGUGAUCGGUGAGCACGUGGCCAUUGCGAGCAACCACACGCGUUGCGAGUGCAUGGAAUGGACACCUUUAAGGCAGACGACAAUUCCGCUGGGCAUUCGGCUGAUGCACUUGUGCGAAUACCACUAUGCUGAUGUGGUGCUGACCCUCGCCUACGCGAGCGUCUACUUUCGAAGCGGGCUACUCAUCUGUGCUUGCCGUUCAGUCCUGCAGCCUCAGCAUCUUGGUGAAGUCAGGCAUGAGGCAUUGCUGUUGAGUUUGGCGAAGUGGGAAGGCUCUGCCAGCCGCAGCCGCCAGUCUCGAACACUGCUCUUGUCCUCUCGUGCUGCCAUGUCGUCCUCACCGUCCGAGCCCUCGGCCAUGGACGAAGAAAAGACCCAGGAGGCUCCUCCCCCGCCCUCUCCAUCCGGGCACUCGGCCAGGAAGGAAGAGAAAGCCAGGGAGGAGGAGGCGGAGGCAAGUGACUCCGACACCUCUACAGAAGUUGCCAGCAGCAAUGCUUCGCCAAAGGCUCCCGAGACCGCUGUCAGCGAGCCUCGCUCAAGCCCCGAGCGCUCCCCGUCCAAGCGCUCACACCGGUCGCAGCGCUCGCGGCGCUCCCGGCGCCCACGACGCUCGCGGCGCUCGCGCUCGCGGCGCUCGCGCUCGCGGCGAUCCCGUGGACGGACAGGUGGUGCCGGAGUUUCAAACCGCCACACCAUCAAUUGCUGGCACGGGCGUGCCUGCACACGCUACACCUGCUGGUUCAAUCAUCCAGAUGGACGAGAGAUCGAUGAGAAGCCCAUUGGUGGCAAGGGCGGCAAGAGCGGCAAGGGCAAAGGCAAGGGCAGGGGUGGCAAAAACCUUCCCUGCACCUUCCGGCGCCGCAGCAAGACACCUUGCCGCCGGCGCUCUCCGCAAAGCUCCAGCCAGAGCCGGACUCGCAGUCCUCGACGCAGGCGCAGCCUCAGCCGCUCCCCGUCUCAGAAGCAGCCCGCUCCGCGGCGCCUCACCCCGGCCUUGUCGGCCACGUCCGCAGCAGAGGCGCCGACAGAGACCGUGGCAAGGGCGCACUCAAAGGAUGCAGAGCUGAAGGCAAAGGAGGCCAGAGCGGCGAAGCCCAGUUUCCGGGACUUCGUGCUGAAGCACGUUUCCAACGAGGAUUCUCCAGACUUUGUCAUGAACAGGUUUCAGCAGUACAUUCAGGAAAGGCUGAAGGAAGAGCUGCCGGCAAUCAAGGAGACGGGGCUCUUCUUCGACCUUUAUCAUCCUCUCUCUCGGCUCCGGCGCCAUGAACUACAUCUUGGCACGACGCAGCUGAAUGCGACAACCUUUGCUCAGGACCUGCGAGAGGGAAGGUACUGCGAGCUGUCCCUCCAAACAAGCCAGGCGCGACGUGGAACCACCUGCCCGGUAGCCGGGCAUCUGCAAGCGCCCGAGUUUGCCUUCGACCCGGAUGUGGGUUCCUUGGUGAUUCGUAGCCUCCCACCGGCAGUGAGUGUAUGGGAUGUCUUGGAUGCGAUUCAGGAUCGCCCGGGGUUUUGCACUGCUGCCUGGACGAGGUUCGAAGGAAAGGACCUGGCCCGGGACUUCUUUGCCAGGUUCACUUCAAAAGAGGAUGCCACCGCGGCCGCCGUUGUGCUGAUGCGGAGCACGGACACCCUGCUCAGCAGACCAGGAAGCGAAGGGACGGGUCGUGCAUCCGUUUUGAGUCAACAGCCUGACUUGUCUGCGCUGAUGCUGCCGGAGGAGAUGUCACUUCCGGAGCGGCUUCUCAAGGACUUGGCUCUCUCCGAGCAGGUAAUGCAGCGCCUGGACGGCCUCACAGAAGUGCCCAAAGACAUCACGGCCCUGGUGCUGAAUGCCUAUGGCACCACCGAAUUCAAGCUCGACCUUCGUGUCACCUACCUACGUCGCGUGCACCACUUCUGCUUCUAUUCCGCGCGCUGGUGUGAUGACGAGUGGUCCUUGCGCGAUGCCUGCGGCAUCGCCACCUUGCGUGCGCCGGCACAAGCGGAGUGCAGGCCGGGCGAGUGGUCCGCAGCUCACGAGCAGCGACUGGAGAGCUUCCUGCACAGCGUGUCCUUCGACAAACCUGCAGCUGCCCCUGACUACACCAACGCCCACGUCGUGCAACGCCUGGCCGAGGAAAGGGAGAAGGCGAUUCUGAAGGUCACGGACGAGAAGUUCAAGUGCAAGUUAUGCGGCAAGCACUUCCGCGGAGUGGACUUUGUUCGAAAGCACGUGGGGCGUGCCCCAGCCGCAGUUGGAACUUGCCCCGUCCCCUCAUGCUGCGGCGACUUGCAGCGGAUGCCCCAACACUAA